AUGCCUUCCACUGACGGUGCAGACUUUGUUCCUACAUUACACAACGACACAUACUCUACCAUCAACCCUGCCUACGCGGAUCUCGCCGGCAAGGUUGCCCUCGUCACUGGUGCCUCCAAGGGCAUCGGGCGAGCCACUGCCCUCGCCCUCGCUCAGGCAGGCGUAUCAGGCCUCGUCCUCCUCGCCCGUUCUGACACGAGCAUUGUAAAGGCAGAGUGCGAAGCCGUGCAGCGCUCAGGGAAGCCCCUCACAGUCAUUACCGCGGCUGCCGAUGUGAGCAACACCACCGACAUCGCCGGCGCAGUCGCGCUCGUCCAGUCCGUAUUUGGGCGCCUGGACAUUGUGGUCAAUAACGCGGGCUGUUUGGAGACGUACCACCUCGUCGCCGAUUCGGAUCCGGACGAGUGGUGGAGCAUCUGGAACGUCAACAUUCGCGGGGUUUAUGAAGUGACGCGCGCAUGCAUCCCACUACUCCUCGAGUGCGACGGAGACAAGACGAUCAUCAACAUAACGAGCCGCGUGGCUCACGUCACUGGGUCGCAUCUCUCAGCUUACAUGACCACCAAGCUUGCGCUCCUGCGCUUUACGGAGCUGGUCAUGGCCGAGUAUGCGGGCAAGGGGCUCCUAGUAUACGCUGUACACCCUGGGUCGAUCCCCACGGACAUCCAAGCGACGAUGCCGCAGAAGUACAGACACGUUCUUGUCGAUACGCUCGAGUUGGCCUCACACACCAUCGUAUGGCUCCUGCGCGAACGCAGGGAGUGGCUUGGAGGCCGCUAUAUUAGCUGUCAGUGGGAUGUGGAUGGGUUAUUGGCAAAGAGGGAAGAAAUCGUCGAAGGAGAUAAGUUGAAGAUUAAGAUGGUGCUUUAG